AUGCUGCCAACGCUAGGCAUCUCCUCGUUCGUAACCUUCGCCGUCCUUGGUACUUUGGCCGCUUCCGUACCCGAAUGGUCAACAGUCAGACCGACUAAUGACCCAUCAUGGUUUAUUCCACCAAGUUUCUCCUUAACCCUCGUGGCAGCGUUUAUCUUUGGAAUGAUAGAUUCGGGGACCAAUACGGUUCGGAACGUCGCCUGUGCUCUCGCCAUGCCGAAUGCUCGUGCUCAAGCUUUUGCUAUCUCUAAGAUUUUUCAGGCUUUGGCUGGUGCUGUGUCGAUGGUGCUCAGUUCUCGUCUGUCAAUCUACGAUCACGUCCAACUUCUCAUCGUCACCACACUCGUCUCCCUUGUCGCUUUAUGUGUCGUUCAGCGAAGAAUCCAAACUAAAGUGAACUGUGAUCAGGCAAAAUAA